GGGGCGCGCCGCUGGCUGAUUGAUCCCAGCUUUGGCGUUGUUCAGUCAGAGCGAGAACAUUCUAGAGAUUGUCCGGCACUGCUGUCCCUGCUGAUAACGCCCGCCUCAGGACGCCCGGACCCGGAGGCUGCGGCGUCCGCCUCCGCCUCCUCCGCCUCCGGCUGGAUAUAAGCGCCCCCACGGCCUCGUUCUCCUCGCACACUCGGCUUCGUCGCAGCCCGGGGCGAGCAGCGUUGGGUUUAUGUCUUUAUUGGACGAAAACGGUGAGCGUUUGGGCUGGGGAGCAGCGGGUGAGGGCGGUUGGAAGGACGAGGUCGGUGCGGGGUGGCGGGCAGGCUGGGGCGCCGCGUUGUUGACGGGGGGUGUAUUUUUAUAAAGAAAUAGCCGGUACCUUUUUAGAAGGGAAGAUGGAGAUACCUUAAACAACGAUCGCCCGCUCCUUACAUUUUUUUAUUUCGUAUUUUUUAAAUUUUUGGGGCGGAUUAUUUCUUUGAUUGUGCCCCCCCCCCCCCCCCCCCCAGCUCCCCCGCGCCAUGCGACGAGACAAAAUGGCGGCGGCUGGGCCGCGCCUCCCCGUGCUUGGGGGUUGGGGGUGGGGAGGGGGGGGGCUGUGCCGCAGUUACAGCCUCGCGGCGGGGGGCAGGGGGCGCCCGAUCGGCAAGGGUUAGCCCUGGGGAAUGGGAGGGAGGCUGGGGGGGCGGCCAGGGAGCGGCGUCGUCCCCCCCCCCCCCCCCCCCCCCUUCUUAGGGAGCGCAUGCGUGGCUGGAGGUGACACCCACACCCCCCUCCCGAUUUUCUCCGGGGCUGACUCAGUGCUUAAUUGCUGCAUUUAUGAGUCAUCGCGGGCCUGAGCGGGGCGGGGAAACAGGGCUUUGAAGCUGGGAGGCUGUCUGCCUUCCCGCUUCUUCGGCUCUGCCCAAUAAAUAUGGGGGGGGUGCUUGGGAUGAGGUGGCUUAGAGACCAGGAGAGGGAGCUUUAGUCUACAGCAGACAGACAAAAGCUGUAAUAUGGAAGGAGGGGAAACCACGCAUUCUAAAAAGCUCAUGAUCUGUCACCAAGAUACCUGCUUCCUCAAUGCCUCUGCAAGCACGUGGUCAGAUCACAUGCUGGCUCUUUUUUAGACAUCCCGGGGAAGGAAGUCUUGUGCUUGGAACGAAAUCCGUGGUGCAGUUUUUGCUGAAGGGUUGAAACUGCAUCAGGACUAAUGCAGAAUACAUGGCAUAUGCAAAGCACACUUCUUGUGAAAGGAUUUGUAAACCUGGCCAGAGGGACUUGGACUGUGUGGAAUUGAUAGGCACGCUCUUACACCUUAAAUACUAAGGCUAUUUUCAUGUGUCAACACAUCUGCCAUUAAUGAUAACAUGAUGACGUGUCAGAAUAACCAUGCUGUAGUCAGGGCUGCUUGUCUAGUCACCUUAACCAGUUGUGGUUUACGUAAUGUUAGAUCUGAUUAUAGGGACACGCGUUAAUUUAAAUAUGUAAAUACUGCUUAAGGCAACUUUAAUAAUAGGAUUCAUCCUCCUUCCCCUUCCUCCCCCCCCUUCCCCCAAGAAAAAAAAUCAACUGGAAAAGCUGCUGCACUGCUCUGUACCUCUGCAUUGCUAGGCUUUCUACAGUGAAGCAACUUAUGUCAGACUUUAUCAGGCUUAUUGUUAAGUCAAAACUCAACAGAAGCUGCUAUGAGAAUCCAUAAGUGAGAGGGAGAAUUACCUAAUUUUCAACUCUUUUCUACUCCGAUCCAAAAAAACUGGUAAGCCAUGUAAAAAUUAUAUGGGGCUACAGAUUGCUGCUGCUUCAUCUUACUGACAUUUCUCAACAUUCUGACGGGCUUCAGUUUAUGUAAUAGGCUCAUGCUAUGAUGUGAAAUCUGAAACCAUUCCAGAUUUUUCUCCCACUUCUCUCCCCUGCAGCCUGAAAUGUACCACGUGACCCUCUCAGUGCAAGAGCCAUUGGUCUUCGUAAAUUGAGCAGUGUUGUUUCCCUUCAUUAUUGAUCAUGGCACUCCUUCAGGAGUUAAUUGUGCAGACAAUAUUCUUAAGCUGUUCAGUGGGUUUGGGGUUGUAAGAAAGGAGAGGGUGGAAAGCUAUGGUGUAGGUGAGGCGAAGUUACUCGGCAGUACAAUUCAAGGCUAUUGUCUUGAGCUUCACGAGUUGAUGAAAGCCACAGCAUAACGAACUCUACUUCCCUUUCCAGAAGCAGUUUCUUAUGUCGCUUUGUAGUAAGAUUUCAUUGGUGUACGUAAAGAUAAAUUUCACUUUUUUUUUCUGUUUAUUAACGCUUGCAGAGCUGUUGCGCAGCCACUGGUACCUGUAUUGGGGAAACAUAGCAUACAAGCAAGAACCUUACAGCCUCAGUGGCGAAAAUUUUUUCAUGUCAGAGACCGAGAACUCUUGCAGUCGUUUAUGUCAUCCCGUCUUCUCCAGACAGAAGAUACCAAAAAACUGCAAUCAAAGAUCUCUUCAUCUUAUUGAUAAAGCUACUAAUAAGGCAAAAUGUCUGUCAACGUCAACCGCAGUGUUUCAGAUCAGUUCUAUCGCUACAAAAUGCCCCGUCUGAUUGCCAAGGUUGAGGGCAAAGGAAAUGGAAUAAAGACGGUUAUAGUCAACAUGGUUGACGUUGCUAAGGCGCUUAAUCGGCCUCCAACGUAUCCUACCAAAUUUUUUGGUUGUGAGCUGGGAGCACAGACCCAGUUUGAUGUUAAGAAUGACCGUUACAUUGUCAAUGGAUCUCAUGAGGCGAAUAAGUUGCAAGACAUGUUGGAUGGAUUCAUUAAAAAAUUUGUUCUCUGUCCUGAGUGUGAGAAUCCUGAAACUGAUCUGCAUGUCAAUCCUAAGAAACAAACUAUAGGUAACUCUUGCAAAGCCUGUGGCUAUCGAGGCAUGCUUGACACAAACCAUAAACUCUGCACGUUCAUUCUCAAAAACCCACCUGAAAGUGGCGACACUAGUACGGGGAAGAAAGAAAAGGAGAAGAAGAAUAGAAAAGGCAAGGACAAAGAGAAUGGUUCUGUGUCCAGCAAUGAGACACCUCCACCCCCACCACCAGAGGAGAUUACUCCUCCACAGGUUGUGGAGGAGGAAGAUGAUGAUGAUUGGGGUGAAGACACAACAGAAGAAGCCCAGAGGCGUAGAAUGGAUGAAAUCAGUGACCAUGCAAAGAACCUUACACUUAGUGAAGACCUGGAAAGAACAGUGGAGGAGAGAGUCAACAUACUGUUUGAUUUUGUGAAGAAAAAGAAGGAAGAAGGUGUCAUUGAUUCUUCUGACAAAGACAUUGUAGCAGAAGCAGAGAGACUGGAUGUGAAGGCCAUGGGCCCUCUAGUUCUCACUGAAGUCCUUUUCGACGAAAAAAUUCGUGAACAGAUAAGGAAAUACAGACGUCACUUCCUUCGUUUCUGCCACAAUAACAAGAAAGCUCAGAGGUACCUUCUCCAUGGCUUUGAGUGUGUGGUAGCCAUGCAUCAGUCUCAGCUUAUUUCUAAAAUACCACAUAUUUUGAAGGAAAUGUAUGAUGCAGAUCUUCUGGAAGAAGAAGUCAUCCUUGGCUGGGCAGAAAAGGCCUCAAAGAAAUAUGUUUCAAAGGAGCUUGCCAAAGAAAUCCGUGUCAAAGCAGAACCAUUUAUUAAAUGGCUAAAGGAAGCUGAAGAAGAAUCUUCCGGUAAUGAAGAAGAGGAUGAAGAUGAAAACAUAGAGGUGGUGUACUCUACAACUGCCAGUGUCCCUAAAGUUGAAACUGUGAAGCCUGCAAACAGUAAAGAUGAUGACAUUGAUAUUGAUGCCAUUUAAAGUGAUGCAACGUAGCUUCCACCAUAAUCAAACUUCUCUGCAUUUUCUGCCAGAAGUGUGACUUGUAUGUGCGCAAGCUGAAAUGGCUUAACAUCCUGCUACUCUUUGUACUCUAAAAUGUAUCUUUUUACUGUGACUGGUCUUGUGUAACUAAGCCUAAUACCAAGGAGUCAGCACGUCGGUGAACGGCUCUAGUUUGCAAAUGGCAUGUUCUAUUUUGUUUUUCUAACUUGUGUUGGACACAUACUUGGAGCACAUUUAUACAGUUGUGGAAAUAAAGGAUUUGGUUUUGGUCAGUCUUCA